AUACCCAUCAAAACACACACACCGAAAUCAGAUUGAAAUGACGAUGAGACUUUUCCUCUGCAUAUCGCUUAUCAUUACUCUCUAUCAACACUUCUUGGAUGCAAAUGUCGCUUCCAAUGGAACUGCUACAGGGAACAAAAUGCAACGGUUGAUCCAGUUAACCAAUGCUACAAAUACAAGAGGCAAUUCGAAUCCUUAUCUUGGCGAUGACGAUUAUGACGAUUAUGAUGAUUAUGACGAUUAUGAUGAUUAUGACGAUUAUGAUGGUUAUGAUGAUGACAAUGAUGAUGAUGAUGAUGAUUACAAGAAACCUGGUAACGGUGAUGUUAUAUACGAUGAUGACCAAGGAAUGAACAGAAGAAGAAGGAAACCACAAAUAAUUAUUAACUGAAAAUGACCUCAGACAACAACAUUCUUCAACAUCCAAUCUGCUCGGCGUAUUCGUUGUCUGAUUGAUUGACUAUUAUGUCAGCUAUUAUCAAUCUUUUUUGCAUGUAUACAUUCCAUCCAUCCUACUCCUCUAUUCCUAUAUGCUCUUUAGAUGUCGAUAUUUACUUCAUUGCAUUGUUUUGUACAUCUGCUUGUCGACGGUUUUGUAUUCAUAGUUGGCGUGAGUGAAUUUUUUCGCCUGUAAACCUGCUAUAGCUGACACUCUAUUUUCCAAACUGUUUCACCUAAUGUACAUUCGACAGACGUCUAUGUAACUUCAAUUUGUGGCUGAUGAGUAAGUAAUGUUCUAUGUGACAUUUUGAAUUCGUUUCAUUGUCUGUUUUAUUAGAAUUGUGUCCAAGUGGGAACUCGUUGAUUUAGUUUAUUUGUUGCAGACUAUAAAACCA